AGUUGUAGGAGGAGAGACAGCUACGCCUCUGUUGUGGACAGCGGGAGCAACGCGGACUACGACUGCUAGAGAACAGCGGGAUGAAACAUCUGCUGAAAGGUUCAAGCGAGAGAAUCAGCGUGAUGAAACCCCAACUGGACAGCAGUGCCACCCAUCAGCCAUCAGACGGGAAGAAACACGCAAAGCACUAAUAUUAAGAGCGGAUAGACUCAGACAGGAGGAGGCUGCUCGUCGUGGUGGUUCGAAGGUCCUGACCCAGACGCGCAUUGAACCCAGAUUCACCUCCUGCCUUAUCUUCAGACUCAAGAAGAAUUUUGACCCCUGUCUACAAAGUUUAACUGAAACACAGAGGGCUGAGACCAAGAACAGCAGAUGUCAGGUUUAUGGACAAACGUCACUAUCAGACACCUUUAUAAACGUAGCCAGUGAGUGUCCCUUAUCUGAAAGGAUACCAGCCAGGAAGAAAGAAGAGCUUGUCACAGCUGUUUGCAAUGAACUGGAGAUUACCAGAGACUUGAGUGCAACUCAUCGUUUCUCAAAUGGGGAGUUUGGACCACAUGAGCAUAAUGGCUUGUGCAUUCCAUGUGGGUCACAACCCAGGACUGGCAAUAGAGAAGAACAUAUAAAAGAUCAUACAAAGCUCAAGAGACAAACUGAUCUUGUGGAGCUACCCAAUCCUACUAGAACCAUGCUGUCCUCCAGUGUGGUAACAGUUCUUGCCCCACACUGGAGUGGCCGGCUGAGACGGACCAAAAGAUUUGAGGGAACUGGCAAUUUCGAAGCCCAGGGAAAUUUACAGGAUGUGACAAACACUGCAGCAAACCAUACACGUGAACACUCUCAGGAGACUGUGGACAGGUCUUUGACUGAGGGAUCACCAGCCCAAUUGAGGGUGCCAUUUCAUGGUACCAGGAGGAAUACAGUGGACUCUUCAACUAAAAGUGGUCAUGCGGGAUUGGACUAUGAAUCUGAAAGAAAAAUGAUUCAGACCCUCUCCUUGGACAUAAACUCUGGAAGGAUGGACAAAACAGAUGCUGGUGCUUUAAGACCUGUAGCUGCAACUCUAUCUCCCAUGUCACCUCUCUCCCUUGACCCAAAUGAACAAAGGAGAAAUCCACAAACUGGUCAUCAAGGGGGACUGUCAUCUUUAAGCUCAAAACCAACAACAAGCAGUCUACUUCUGUCUUUAAGAAGAUUCAACUCCAAUGGCAGGAACUCUAAUGCAGCCUCCACCCUCUCUGAGAUCAACCCUUCGCCUUUGAGCAGUUCACCAAGUGACCAAGAUGGGAAGUUAUUCCCAACACACCUCUCUCAAACCUUUCACAAUAAUAAUGUACAAGAGAGGUCAAACCCCCUUGUCUCUCCAUUGUCCAUUUCUUAUAGGACAACUGAAACAGGGCCUAUCCUUUCCCCGUCAUCCUCCAGUCACAAAGAAAGGACCAUGUUUGAAACACGGUUCUUUUCAGCUUCACCCACAAACAGAGAAGCAGAAGACACACCCUUUACCGGACAACCUCAAACAACAAAUAGGUCCCAGUCCAGUCUUUCAUGUUCCAAACAGGCAUUUCUAAGUAGAGGACAAUCAGAGAGGCAACUGAACUGCAGGGGUUCAGACAAAAGUACAAACUUAUUCUCAAAUAGCUCCGUCUCUUCACCCAGACAUUCACCAUAUGACCACUCUCCCCUCCUAAAAACCCAUUCCAUCCCUAGAAGGACCACCCUGACAUCCACUUCCUGGUGGAAACAAGUUACACAGGAAGGUGGUUCCCCUCUAAUGUGCAAUGGUACAACAGACAUCAAAGACAAGCCAAACAUACCCAUAGUUCCACAAUGUAAUGAUAAAAGUAACUUGGCCUCUCCAAGUCUGACUGACAGCAAAAGAUUUAGUCCUCAAAUCCUCAAUAACAGAGAAAACAAUAAUCCAACAGAGUUGGUUCACAAAGGUAACAUGAACCAUGUUAUGAAGACACAGGGAGUAACUCAAAACCUGCAACAAAGAAAUGCUGAGGAUUCAUCUGACCAUGAAUCACACAGGUUUGUCAACCAGCAAUAUGGCUCCAAUUUAAAAAUCACAGAACCACAAAAGCCUCAUAAUUUGCCUGAUGCUUUCCCUAGUUCUAAAAUUAGCAGAGCUUCAAUGCAAACAACACUGAGUCACCCUAACGAUCUCACCAAGCAUGAUGUAAGUAAUAGUUUGUUUGCAGCAAAUGUAACUGAAUUACCACCUACUUUGCUAAAUCCCAAGAGCUCAAAUACACCCACUGAGAGCAGCAGCAAAUACAAUAGCAAUCAUUGUACAUCGAAAACCAACAGCACCCCCGAAUCUCCUCACAACAAGGACUCUCAAAGGUUUACCAAACCAUCUCUAUCUCGUGCUACCACCAACACACUCAAUAGUCAGGCCUCUAAAGCUGCCUCUGGUCUCCCCUUAACCCCAAACACUAAAACUAGUUCCUCCUUUCACUCCCAUCCAGUUGUUUCACAGACCAACAGUGAUGCUUCAUCACACACAGGCUCUUCUUUGAAAAUACCCAAAUUCACCAACACAGCCAACACUACACCUCUUGGCUUUGAAAGAAGCUACGCUUCCAUUCCCAAGCCUUUUCACCCUAAAACUGUGUCCAGCCUGAUCCCCACAGUCAAUACUUUCUCUAAAACAAGCUAUAGUUCUGUAUCCACUGCUCCCACCAUCUCUUUAUCUACCACUGGCAGCCACCCUGCAGUCACAACUGCCCCCAGCCCAUCCCUCCUUACUCCUCCUGUCACUCCUGUCCUUGUGUCUUCUCCCACCAUUAUUACUGUUUCUUCUCUCUUAACUCCCCCUGCCACACCUAUUAUUGCCAGCCCUAACUGCUCAGACAGUUCCAACCCUAAAGAAGGGAAAACAUUAUCAAGCAGCCAAGAAAGAGACACAAAGAAACUGCACCCCCAUGUAGAGGGAAAGAGAGUGAGACGAGUAACAUGGGAGGACUCAGUGGAUCUGCAGCGUUCUGAGCCCAUCACAGUUGAGAUGCCAGAGCCAUCUCAAGUCCCAACGAGGUCUGCAUCUCCCUCCAGGUCCCCACAAAGCAUUAAAGCUCCAUCCAUCUUUUCCUUUCUAAGAUCAAGCAGUCCAACCACAAACACAUCUCUUUCCUCCCCCACCACAAAGACCUCCAGCAUACAGGUGGUGAAAGGAGGAAAGUAUCGAUCCUUAUCAUCUGACUCUGCUGAUUUAGCAUCCAGGGAGCGAGAGAGAUCUCAGCAAAGACCUAGUGACACUGUGAUCUCUGACCAAGGAAGACAGGCCUUAACCCCACCCAGACAGGAGAGGACACUGUCAGUGGAGUCUGGCACAGUUAAGUGCCAUUCUUCUGCUCCUCCCUCCCUACCUGAAUUGUCAAGUGCUUAUAAGCUUCGAUAUAGCUCCACACCUUACUCCACUCUCAUGUCUACCAGGUCAACACAGGGAGAAACUAAGACCAUAAAACCCAGAUCACCUCUCUUCCAGCAACCCUCACAGUCAAACUUUACCCCACAUCCUUCCGCACAUACUGGCCCAGUAGCAGUCACGACCUUACCAAUAUCCAAACCCCCUCUGUCACCUAUCAGAAUGCCAAAGCCCCCAUCUUUGCCUUUCCAAAACAAAACUGCCAUCCGAGAAAGUUCAAAGCGUGGGGUUUCAGAAACUGAUAAACUCAACAAUAACCAUGGAAAGAACAACAGCCAAGAUUACCAUAAAGGCCAGGUAUUAUUCGUCAAUAACAGAGUUCAAAUCAACUCACAGUCUUUGCAGUGUGAUGAGACACACAGCUCCUCCUCAACAUUUGUAACUGAGACAUUGGUUUACAGCAUUAAAUCUAAGGUAGAUACAGCUCCAGCUGCCUCAAAGAACACCACACCUAAACCUCUGCAACAUACCACAAACACACCGGUUUCUGUGAAUACCAAGUUAAGUCAGCAGUCACACACAAUGCAGAGGAAGGAAGCUGCAGGUGAACCACAUAGUCAUUCAGAUCAGAGCUCCAGUGGUAGCAGCUCAACAGAGAGUCAGCCCCCUGACGAUGAAAGCGCUAACAGAAGAAUGGGUGUACUGGGUAAAAGCAAAUUUUUUUCAGUGGAGAGCAAUAAUGAACAAAGCCCAAAGAGAAGCCGGUUUGCACUUAAGAAAAGUGUCAGCACACCAAACUCCAGUUUAUCAAGGUCAGAGUCAGACAGGGCCAACAAGAGUAAUAACAAAAUGGACCAGGUCCUUAACAAACUGAGACAAACAUUCAGCACUAGGCGGUCUGAUGAUGAUAUGUUGUUUCCAUGGAAGUGGAAGCGAGCCUCCCAAACACCCUCUGUUAGUGGAUCAAGUGACAUCAGCAAUGUCAGUGAUAUCGCUGUUGAGAGUACCAAAACUGUAGAGAAGCAAGAGCAGGAGAAAGGUGGGGUGCUGAAGGACAAUGAAAAGGGAACAGAGCUUACGAAUAGAUGGACACAAAACAGAUACACCCUCACACCACCCUCUGCUUCUGGGAGUGCAGUGGCAGAAGAUCAGUUUUACAUUUGGUCAGACCAAUCAUUUCCAGAAACUGACCAAGAUGAGCAGUAUGCUGGUGCAGAACACAUGUCUGAAAGUACAAACCAAUCUCAUUUGAACAUCCACAGCCCAACAAUACACCAGUUUGACUUUUACAAAGACAACAGGGCAAAUUAUAAACCAACAAACCAGUUCCACUCUUGUAGAGAUCUCAGUCCUGCUAGGAGCCCUAACCCUUCUACAUCUUAUCCUACUCAGUUUGGGAGGUCCACUCCUAGCCCCAGGAGCCCCUUCUCCCCAUUCUCCUCUCUUUCCCCUCUCUCCUCAUUUCCCUCACCUGAUGCUACAGAUGACAGUGUCUUCUACAGCCCAAAGCUACAGCGUCGCAGGGAAUCUUCCUCACCAUGUGAGCAAGGAGAGGGAAAUUGCUUGGGGGGUUCAAGAAGAAGCCGGGCAUCCACUGGUCCUCCAAGUGCAAGUCCAGGACAGGACAAGGAAUGCUUGGCAUCCUCCUAUGCAGACUUAAAGUACGGCAUUGAGCCUGGGAGGUCAUUUUCUGUGUGUUCAGUACUAUCCAGUCGACCCUCAGGGCCUGGUCGCAUCUCCACUGGAUCCAGGUUCAUGAGUGUGGGUGACCUUUCCUCAUCUGCUUUGACUUCUGGCAGCACUGGCAAGGACUUGGAUCACUGGUCAGUUACUCCUGACUGGACCGCAGAAUAUGAUUGCCAGCCCAGUAAAGACUUUCAGAAGUCAUAUUUCCCUAGUGACCCUGGUAAAUUGAAAUCAAGAUCACUUCCUCGAUCACUGACCAGGUCCUUGGCAAAUUGGAGCUCUGGAGUCUCUGCUUCUCCAGCUGUAAAUACCACAACCUCAAAGGCAGCCCACCAUUGGAACCCAAACAUGAACACUUGUCACUUUGCAUGGGAUACAGAGGGUCCGCCGACCCCUCCUCCAACACCACCGCUGUCACCAGUGUCCAGACGCAUAUCCAAACCUCCCAGUCUAUCCUCCUCUACCUGUCCCAGCUCACCAAGAGCACCACACCAGGCGGACAGCCAGUCCUCCAGAGGGCAUUUGCCAUCCAGAGGUUAUGUGUCCAGCCUUAGUACCUUUGAGGAGUCUACAGACAGCAGCUCAGACACCACAACAGAUGAUGAAUAUUACUUAGAAACAGGUGAAGACGAAGAAAAAGAGACAGAAUUGUGAAAGCAGAAUAACUGCUUUAAAUCCUCCCUGCUGUCAAGUUUCUGUGAUCCUGGACUUCAUUAUCUAGAAAAAAAGAGAGGGACAUGAGAAAGAAACAUCCAUGAAAAGAAAGAUGGGCUAAAAUCUAUCAUGUAAAGUGACCUUUGCCUAUAUCCACUUUUUGUUUACUUUCUCAUUGUCACAAAGGAGACAUGAGGUCAAAGGGGACAGUUGGUCAGCUGUAUGAUUUGCUUUUAAAAGUGGUGGUUGUUGACAUGUCAAGACAUUAAAUGAGCAAGCAGGAUAUUAUCAGCAAAAGUUAGAUGUGUAUAUGUACAGUGCACUAUAUAUGACUGGGAUAUCAAAUGUUUAACAUCUAUAGUUAGGACAGUUGCAUGGCAUGAGUCAGGAAAUGUACAUCUGUUUAGUUGUUUUAACAAUCAGACUACAGUGUAAGGUUAGGAUUCUCACAUAAGGCUUAUCUUUAGUUUUGUGUUUCAUCCUGCUACUUAAAGGUAGUGUGGAUAAUGUGGAUUGAAAUGAUAUUUCAUCUGUUUUUCUUCUGUGUUUGAAGAUUGAAAUGAAUUGUGGUAAGUGUAAGCAUAUAUCAGAUAGAAUUUAUUUUCUUUGUCACAUUUUUUAAAGAGGCAGAGUGUUGCUUUGAAAAUGUGUUUUUUGAAUUCUGGGAUGAAAUAUUACCAUACUAUUUACCAGAAUUAACAUGUGUUAACAAACAUAAAGUGCUGUAUACAGUGCUUGCUCUUAUUUGCACUAUGACAAUCUAAAGUCUUAAUAUAUCUGUUUUCUAAAUAAAUGUAAUAUUUCUAAAAAAUACCUUUUUUGGAAUUUAUGUUUGUGUUAAAUUAGUGUUUCUGCUUUACAAGUUGGGUACACUGUUGCUGCUGCUUGAUGUCAAAUUAAACAGCCUUAACCAGCAUAA